AUGGUUGGCGCGGCGCAGUACUUGGACGAUGAGAUUGACUGGGUUCUCUCCGCCGUCGUCGGGAAGAAGAAGCAGUCGUACAUCCAGACGCACUUUCAUGAAAAGUUUGGCCGCCACCUGAACCAUAACCAGAUUCGAUAUAUCAAGAACAAGUACGGCAAGGAUCCCAGGUUCAACAGCCCGUUGGUGAAUGCUCGACCUCCAAGGGUCGCCGUAUCGCCGAAGCUUGGUGGUGGUGGUGGUGGUGGUGGCCGCAAGGAGCACAACGACGAAGGUGAGCAAGACGACGAGAAUGACGUUAAUCUCAGAAGCCCCAGCAGAGCAGGGCCGUCGUCACAACACAAGGUAGGGGAACGGAGACGAGAGCUAAAGGACGAAGCGGCGACGACGACAACACCACGGAUGAAGCGCAAGAGGAGCGUCGAUGAGUCGAGCGACCUUAGUGAACGGCUGGUCAAGAGAAUCACCGGGCCACAGCGAGCAGACUCUCGACCUGAAGCGGCUGCCUCUCGAGAGUCUACCCCAAGGGCCGCUCAAGGCAGGACGCCGCUGCAGCAGUGGAAGAGGAGCACGAACACGACAGGUCUCCAGCCCUCUUCGCUGGGCGUCCAAUCGAGCUCUCCGCUGGCGCUGUCCCUGGCGGACAACUACUUCGACACCACCCUGCAGACUGGGGGACACAGCAACUUACCUGCCCAGCAGCAACUCGACACACUGCCGUUUCUGCACACGACCGACAUGUGGACGGCUCCUGUGCAGCCGCAGGACACCUGGCCAGCAGGCAAUCUAGCAGCUCUUCCGAGUGGCGGCGACAGCGCGGUGCCCGAUGCCUACAUGUCUGUCUAUCCAGCCUUGCCUGCUACGACGAUGGAGGACCUGUAUCGUCCUGUUGAGCAGACUGCCGGCAUAAUGUCCCAGAUGCCCGUCACCACGCAGUAUCAGCUGCAGAUGCCGUCGAAUCAGCCAAUGCCCUAUUCUACUCUGCAGUUCUCGCCUGCUUUGCCGGACCUUGCCCCCUCCCCCUUUCAGCACCAUGUCGAACAACAGCAGCUCCAGCAUCCGAGCCAGAGAACUCACAGCGGGCAGCAUCAUCAGUAUCCCGUCGACGCCUCUUCCUUCUCUCAUCUCCCCGUCUCCGAGACACAAGCGACCCCAAACCUGGGCAACAACAACAACAACAACAAUAACAGCAACAACCACUCCGUCAUCACAUACCAGCCCAUGCCGACUUUCCAGGAGCUGUCCACCGGGACGCCGUCAGCCCAGCACAUCACCAACCUGCCCAUCCUGACGAUGACGCCCCCUUCGCCAUUCGACUUUCCCGCCUUCACCCCCGUCAUCUCGCCGCAGUCCGCCGACUUUUCCUUUCAGAACGCCCACUUCACGGCCUCGGCGGCGGCGGCAGCGGCGGCGGCGAAUUCAACUGGCCACAGCUUCACACCGUCGCUCAUGGGUCGUCCGGAGAUGCAGCCUCAUCACCACGCUCAUCCCCCGACACCCUUUGAGCAACAGCAGUCACAGCAGCAGCAGCCGCAGCAGCAGCUGUACAUUGAUACGCAGCUUCACCCAGAGGACUUCGCCGGAACAAUCGAUCCGAAUAUCCUAUUCGGUCCUCACGGCGAAUACUCGGCGGCGGCUGCGACAGUUGCGCUUCAACCUUCUUCGGCGCCCGAGGAUGCCGUGUGA